GAUGCUUUUAUUUGGCUAACUUUGCACAACAGGAAGUGUGUGACUGAACUAGUGAUUACGGAACUAGGUGCUUAGCCAGAAUCAAAUAAAUAAAGGAUUAAUCUCGAAUUACCUCUCGUGUAAUCCUGUAACUCUUUCCACGAUGUCUCGGCAAUCCAAUCGAACGACAGACAGCAAAAAAAUGAACUCUGAGCUGUUCACAUUGACCUAUGGGGCCCUGGUGACCCAGCUUUGUAAAGACUAUGAAAAUGAUGAGGAAGUCAAUAAACAGCUGGACAAAAUGGGAUACAACAUCGGAGUGCGUCUGAUUGAGGACUUCUUGGCGCGUUCCAGCAUCGGCAGGUGUCAGGAUUUCCGAGAAACAGCCGACAUUAUCGCUAAGGUUGCAUUUAAGACGUACCUGGGAAUUACCCCCAGUGUGACCAACUGGAGUCCAGGAGGAGAUGAAUUUUCUCUCAUUCUGGAGAACAACCCGCUGGCUGACUUUGUGGAGCUGCCAGAUAACCACAGCACGCUCAUUUACUCCAAUCUACUGUGUGGUGUCCUCAGAGGAGCCCUGGAGAUGGUCCAGAUGGCAGUGGAUGUGAAGUUUGCCCAGGACAGCCUCAGAGGGGACAACGUUACAGAAAUCCGCAUGAAGUUCAUCAAGAGGAUUGAAGAAAACCUCCCAGCCGGAGAGGAGUGACAGAAAAACAAAGACACUUUUAUUUUCUUUAGGUGUAUUUUUUUUUUGAGUUGCGUGGCAUGUUUCUUAAUUUAUGUCUAUCAUUUUUUCUCAAUUAAAUCGACAUUAAUCAGUGUA